UUUGCACGAACGCAAGAUGGCUGCCAAUUUAUGUGAAUGCAAGGACAAGUAGUUUAGUGAUAUUUUCAACUAGUGUGAUAAUACACUACAAAUGUGAUUUUAGCGUUAUAAAUAUAUUACUAAUAUAGUGUUAACGCUCAGUUAAUGUUUUCGUGCAAUUUUUUAUAAGUUAUAUUUGUUAAAUCGUGUGUGCAAUAUUGCGUUGGAUUUGUGGCAUUUAUAAUGUUCUGUGUUGAUUCGUGAUUAUUUAUGCAGUGACAGCCCUUUUGGGCUGAUAUGAUGCUUAUUAUUGGAUGAUACAGGGAGUUCCACCACCGAGGAUGGAGAAGGCGAAGGCGUACAUAAAGAGCUCGCUAAGCGCGUCGCGGCCGGCGUCCCCGCGCGACAAGCCCGCGGCGCCCGCUGAGGACGCCCGCGUGUGCUUCGUGUGCGGCGGCGCCGGCUUCAACGACCAGUAUACCGUCAGAGUGAAGCCCGACCCUCAGAGUACCGAGCCAUACUUCCCAUUCCUCGGCGCCCACGCGCCUCCGACCGGCUACCGGAGCGAGAGCACCGACGAGGAGGGCACCGUGCGCUGCUGCUGUGUCUGCUACACCUUCCUGCGUCAGCAAUGGGAGCAGUACGACCGCGAGAACAAGCCGCACAGUCAGCGCUUCUACUGGAUGAAGAGGCUCGACGGGAAACCGUUCAUCGGUGCGGACAUGUCCUUCCAGGGCGAGUACGCGGCGUCCGUGCUAGGGCUGGGCGGGGACGCAGCUCGCGAAGAACCGGCGGCGUCCCCGCGACCCGCGUCUCGGGCGCUCUACCCUCCCGAUGCUCCCGCGCCUCCGCCCGUACCCGCGCAUCGCCCGGACAACGCGGACCCCAAGUUUAACAACAACCAACGGUUUCCCGCCAACAACGCGACGACGAACGGCACGACGGAGGAGGAGGGCGUGCUGGACCUGCGCGCGCGCGACCCGUCCGUCAUCUCCGUCGGCUCGCAGCACUCCGGCGCCUCCGAGACCGCGGGCUACCUCGACGCCGUGCGAUCGACCGUUUCCGUGUACUCGGGCAACUCCAACUCCAGCUCCGACCGCGACAUCCUCGACCUGUCGAUGCCGGACAAGAACUCCAUGACGGAGGUGUGCUACGUGUGCGGCGACGAGUACAAGCGCGGGACGCUCUGUAAUCUACACACUAAGGAGCCGAAGGACAAAAACAACAAGCAGCCGUACUUCCCGAUCUUCGGCGAGCAGCACCCGCGGCCGCCGCGCUCGCGGCCCAAGGACGCGCUCGGCACCGUGCGCGCCUGCGCCGCCUGCCACCACCACCUGCUGCAGCAGUGGAGCGGCUACCAGAUGCGCGGCGUCGCGGCGAACGAGCGAGUGUACACCCUCCGCACCCGCCCCCCGUCCCUCCUCCCGCCCUCCCCGCUCAGCCUCGCCAGCUCCGGCGACAAGUCGCUCGUCGCCAACACGCACUCCCCCUCGCUCGAGCGCCCCGCCAGCCAACCCGCCACCACUGCCUCCUUCGUCUGCUACGUGUGUGGCGUCUCCGCCCCGUCGUCGCAGCUGAGAUUGGUGUACUGCUGCGCGAACCCGGAGCGGGAGCCGUACUACCCGUUUAUAACGUCGCUGAAGCCGCACCCUGAAGCCAGUCCUAUUAGUCCACAAGGUAUGGUGCAAAUCUGUGCGUCGUGUUACAAAAGCAUCCCCCACAAAUACCCCUCGUACGGCGAGCCGGAGCCGCUCACCAACGCGAACCACGCGCACAAUAACAACAAUGCGCACGCCAACAACAUUAGGUUUAAGCCGUACGACAUGAAAUCGUCAAGCGCGACGAAGCGGCCCGUUGCGCUGCCGCCGUCACCACACAGCCAACUGGUCGCCGGCGAGAAUGGCAUGGGGCUAUAUAGGUGUUACGUGUGCUGUGGACUGUUUCCGCAGCAGUCCAUGGAGUGGCUGUCGACGACGGCGGAGUACAUGAACUCGCACGCGAUGCACUUCCCGUGCCUGGCCGGCGCCGGGGCGGGCGCGCGCGGCGGCCGCGUGCUGGCGUGCUCGCGCUGCGUGCGCCACCUGGCGCGCCAGUGGGAGCUCAUGGACGCGGAGCGGGUGCCGCUGGAGCACCGGAGGUACAACAUCCCGUCGCCGCUACCAAGCAAUUCGUCGUUGAACGGCGAGCGAGUCAUCCCCACCCCACCUUCUACUACCUCUGACAGAACCGUUGCUAGUAAUACGUGUACGUCGAUAUACUGUUUCCUAUGCGGGCUGCACUCGGACUUCACGCUGGCGCGGAUACUGUACGGGCAGCCGCAGGGCAACGCGCCCUACUUCCCUUGCCUCCUCACCCACCAGAGUCUACCAAAUGCAGAGCAACUGCGGGAAAACGGGUCGGCGCUAGUAUGCACAUUCUGUUAUCACUCGCUACUUAGUCAAUGGAGAAGGUACGAGGCGCUGGGCGGCGUGGGCGCGGAGCGGCGCGCGUACAACACGCACGACUACCACUGCCACCUGUGCGGCAUCAAGACCUACCGGAAGCGCGUGCGCGCCUUACCCAUUAAGGAAUUCCCAUUUUUAAUGCAAAGGCGGACUGAAAAUUCAUUAUUAUUAGAAAACGGCGACUAUGCCGUUGUAUGUUUAGACUGUUAUGAAAGUUUAAGAACACAAGCGCAAGACUACGAGCGGCGGGGCGUGCCGGUGGACAAGCGCGAGUACAACUGGCUGCAGCAGCCGCCGCCGCCCGAGGACAGCGCCGACGUCACCAUCGCCAGGCUGCCCUCCGGCGACCGCUCCGACAAGCUGAUGUCGCAUCAGUCGCUGGUGGUGUCGCGCGGCGCCAAGCGCAACAGCCCCAAGCAGCCCGCGCCGCCGCCCGACCGCCGCCCGCCGCCCAAACCCGACAAGGACCAAGGUGGCAGCGCGAACAAAAUAGCGAAGCGUACAGAGCUAACGCCCAACAAGGGCGGGCCGUUCGCGGCCGCGCUCCGCACGCUCGCCAAGAACGCCGGGCCCGACUCCAAGGACGGCUCGGCCGAGCGCGAGAAGGAAAAGCCGCCGCCCGCGGCGCCCGCCAAGCGCGCCUCCCCACACCACCUCCCCUCCAGCGGGUUCCAGCCUUACAGGCCUGAUGACCGGCUGGCGCACCCGGCGGCGGCGUCCUUCCCGCUGCUGGAGCCCGCGGCCUACGCGCCGUACGCGCACCCCGGGCUGUACUCCAGCGCCGCGCUUCAGUACAGACUAGCAGCAGAAGAACAAAUGUACCUGGAGCGGGUGUUCCGCGGCGGCGUGGGCGUGGGCUGGCUCCCGCCCUACGCGCUGUACCCGCCCAUCGCGCCGCACCUGCCGCUCGUGCCGCCCGCGCCGCACACGCCGCACGCCGCGCACGCGCCGCACGCGCCGCACACGCCGCACACGCCGCACGCCCCUCACGCGCCGCCCGCGCAUCAUCUGCACGACGAGCGCGAGCGGGAGCGGGAUCUACAGCUACAGAGGGAAAGGGAAAGAGAACGAGAACGGGAAAGAGAACGCGAGCAGCGGGAAAAAGAACAAAGAGAGCGCGAGCGACUACAACGGGAGAAGGAGAGCCGAGCGCGAGAAGCGUUACGGGACGAGCAGAGACUCGCGGCGCUACACCCGCACCACCACCUGCUGCCGCCGCCGGUGUACUCGCUGCCGCGCGCGCUGCUGCCGCCGCCGCUGCUCUACCGCCCCUACCGGCCCUACCCCGCGCCCUACGAGCCGCGCGCGCCGCCCGACGCCAAGCCCGCCUCGCCCGCGCCGGCCGUGCCCCCCGCGCCGGCCGUGCCCCCCGCCCUGCCCCCCGCCGAGCCCCCCGCGCCGCCCGACCAGGACAAAGGUAGACCGAGCCACCCCGUCGUGACACCCCCACCCGACCCCGCGCACAUACCCCCUGAGCCACCUCCUAAACCAACAGAAUCCUACAAACAAGACGACAUUUUUUUAGAAAAACCCUUCCUUCCAUCGAAGCCUAUUUCUCACUCACCAAAAAUAUCCCCAUCGUCUAUUCCAAACCCCAGCCCGAGCGUAACCACGAACAAACAAGUGGAACCAGGAUACCCUAGCUACGGAGGAUACCUUUAUUCCAUUCCGGGGUAUUCUGCUUUCCAACCCGUCUCCUACCAAGGUAUAAUGCCACCAAACCAGCAUGCGCCUCAAGCCCCGGCCGACUUUUCCUUCCCACCAACUACUAAAGAAACCGUCGAGGAAAAGAACGAAGCAAAACCUGAUGAACCAGCAAAAGUAGACACUCCAAAGGAACAAGAUUUUGAAGAACAUUUCACACCUGAAAUUAUACCUGCUGCGUCCAUUUCUGAUCCCAAACCUCAAUCAGUUGAGUCUAAAAUGAGCAUUACUUCACUAUCGCAGGGAUCUGGAGCAACGGUAACCAUUCCUUCGCACACGAACACUAAAGAUGCAAAAAAGAAAACCCCAGAAAGAUUCAGCCUUAAAACUAGCAUACCUAUCAGUAAAAUUGACAUGAAAUGUGUUAGUAAUCCUCCAGACGCGAUAUACCAAAAUGCUAUCAGUAAAAAAAUUCAAGCACCAUUCAAUCCAGCUUUUCAAAAUCCAAAAGACAAUAGACUUGAAAUACAAAGUAAUAUAGUAAUAAAGAAUGCACAGAGUGAACCUGAGGUGAAACCAGAAGUACCAAUGCCUACUAGCAGUACACUGCACCCGACAGUGACGACUUGUAACAAUAACAUCAGUGCCCUGUUAAACGCGGCAGAGACCAUUAACAAAACAGAUAAUCAGUUUUGGAAACCAGAGGCGAAAUCAGUCUCACCGACCGAAGGGGCAGAGCUCCCAACAUCAACACAACAAGUGCCAGUGACUGCAACAAAAACUAUCUACAACCCUGUCACUACUGAAGCUAGUAAGCUAAAUUUUACAAACAAACCACCUGACAAUCCGUACGGAGAGCAGAAAAAUCAGAUUCUAUUUAUUCAAAAUAAAAACACAUCUAAUCCCAAAAUGUUGCUGACGAUCCAGCAACAAAACCCACAGGUUUUACUACAAAGAAGUAACUUCGAGUCAAAAAACCUGCAAGCUCCUUCACGACUAUCUGGUCAAAUAAAGAAAAGUAAAGAAGAGCACAUGAACGAGAACGGAACCUCGUCGAAGGUAGUGGCCCUAAAGAGGUUGCACCAAGAGAACUGCGACGAGAACGAUUUCGAGAAUUUGAUCACAGAGAACCAGAUAUAUGGAAAUAAGAUAGUCGUGAAGGAGAAGUCGGGAACACUUCAAGAACAAGAUUUGAAAAAGAAUAAAGACAAACAGACACAAGAAACUAAGAAUGUUGUGUUACAACCAAAUUUUUUAUACUUAAGUAACGUACAAUUUCCUGCCAAUUUAAUGAUGAUUAAAAAUAAUAAAAUCGGUCAAACAGCAGAUUCCAAACCAAAUAAAACCGCUGUCAAUGAGAAUAAAACAAACGAUGCUAAUCAUGUCAGUACUGAAACAAAUAAUAUCAAAAGCAUGAAAACCCAAAACGUGGCAACUAGCAAAGAAAUACAUGUACUCAAAUCAAGUAACAAUGUUUUACAAACGUUAGCAAAUAAAACUAAUAAAACAGAUAUAGUUUUUCAAACAGCCAAUCAAAAAGUUAUAAUGAAUCCUCAAAUAGUAUAUCAAGUGCCGAUGAUUGUAGACCCUGAUAACAAAAUAAACCAACCAUUUAUCAACAGGGAAUAUCCUAAAUUCGUCACGCAAAAUAAGAAAGAGUUUCCUAAGCCCCUCGACACAAGCAAGUCAGAUAAAUUAUUUAUUGCAUGUCCAUACCAAAUGGAUUCUAAAUUACAACCAAAAAUAGUGAUCACAAAUAUUAGACCCAAAAUUACUAAAGUUGAAGAAGUUAGUUCAUUAGAUAUGUAUGAGAAGAGAAGACGCAUACGUCGACUAAAAUACCUAUCUAACCGUGAGACCAAAGAAACACCGAAGCCUGAAAUUAAAAAGGUCCCAGAGAAAGCAGAUAGUCUUAGGAAUAUCAUAACUCCUGACAAAAUGAAAGGAGAAAUUUACAAAGAAUUUGCAAAUACCAAAAUCAGGAUAGAAGAAGACAGCAGCGACAGUGACAGCGAUUACGGAGAAAACGAGCUAAAAGAAUAUAAUGCCAUAAUAUAUGAGUUUAGCAAACCAAACGAAGUUGAGACUGGAAAGAUUGAAUUUUUAGCCAGUUUUCGACUGGCGACUAAAGAUGCUUUUAAAGAAAAGCAACUAGACCGGGAAGAGCGGAGCUUAAGCCGAGAUGCGGUAGCUUCGGCCUACAUCACGGCGGGCCGCCUGGACAGGCUGUGUCGGGAGGAGGCCUUGGAGCCGCCAGCACCGGAUGUAAACGUUGCAGUGCCGCCCCGGGGCCCGGACGAACAACAGAGUACGCAGAAACAGAUGUUCCUCACGCAGUUGCAGCUCACGCAAGUGCCUCCGAAGUAUAAAGAUGGGUAUGAAAAGGCGUGGAAAGUUAUAUUGCAAGAAAGAAAACGCAGAAACGGAACAAUCCAAGGAGACACCGCAAAGAAACGUCGCUCCCAUAACGAAAUAGACCUGGAUCCGGACGGGCAGCUGCAGCUCUUGACCGAGAUCAAGAAAUGUGUCAACGAGAACAACAAUCUCAUUAAAAAGCGAUUGGAUUCCUCCUGUGACGACGGAGAAGGUGACAUCCACGCGUUAGCAGAAAAGAACUUCUCCGAGCUAGAUAGGCUUUCCAAAAUGGCUGACAGAAGUGUGAAGCUAUACAGUGGCGUGGACUCUCGCAAACGCGAUCUAAACCCUGGAUUCGACAGUGAGAACAUCCAAAAACCUAUUAAAGUUGAACAGCCGUACUUAAAUUAUCCUAAGAUUAAUAUACCUAAUAUAUCUAAGAUAAUAUCUCUGAAGAGUGUGCCAGAGUCGGCAGCGGGGAAGUCGAGUCAGGCGACGUCAAUGGACGAGCCACCGAGUUCAGCCGCGGGGGUUGGCUUGGAGAGCGAGCGAUGCGAGACUGCCUGCCAGGUCGAGGAACCUGCUUGGCCUGGCAUCGAAGCUCUCAUCAGGAAUUAUAAGGAGUUUGAAGCAGCUCGGAAGAAAGAAAUCUCAACGCUGCAUCGCCGCAACACACGUCUACGGGUAGAAUGCGCACAGACGACGCGCGCCGCGGCCGCCGAGGCCGAGCGCGCGCGCGCACUCUUAGCCGAGCGGCGGCAGUUAGCGCGCGAGGAGGCCGCCGCGCGCGCGGCGCUUACGAAGCUCGCGCAAGCUGUCGAUGCGAUAAGGAACUACUGCUGACUUUAGUCUCACUACGAUGUCAUACCAUGACCGUACUGUCAUUACGAUUAAUGCUCUAUAUAAACUAUUACCUCCAUCGUGCAAGAAUAUACUUAAACUGUGCUCUACGACCUAAAAGGGCGGUCCGCAAGAAAACAUCAAACCUAAGCUAUGUGCCUCACUUAACGGGCCCACUGAUUACCAGUUCGCCGGACGAUAUCGGCCUAUCAGUAAUUCACGAAUGUCAGCUUUUACGAACAACUGACAGGCCGAUAUCGUCCGGCGAACUGGUAAUCAA